GGCAAUACUUUCAAUCUCUAUAUUAUAUAGAGUAAACAAAAACGAAGACGUCAUUUUUCUUUGCACGUACGUCCAGUGUCUUUUUCAGGAUUCGUAGUAUCGUCUUUGAGUCGCAGCAGACCAUAUUUUCCUGUAUUUAUUUUUCUAUGGCGUGGAGAAUCUCUUCCUAUUCGCGAUGCAUGAAAUGGCGCUUUGGAUGCAGACAGAGUGGGAAGCUCCUGUUUUUCUUUCUUUAUCUAAUGCAAGUAGUCAGCGGACAAAUCCGAUAUUCAAUCCCAGAGGAGAUGAAGAAAGGCUCUCUGAUCGGUAAUGUAGCACAGGACCUUGGUUUGGAUCUGAAGAGGCUUCGUUCUGGGCGGGCCCGUAUCGUGGCCGGAGAAAACAUCCAGCACACCGAGCUGAAGACAGACAAAGGGAUUCUAGUCGUGAAUGAGAGAAUAGACCGAGAGCAGCUUUGUGGAUACGUAACGCCUUGUAGCUUUACCUUUGAGAUUUUAUUGGAACAACCAAUGGAGCUACACCCAGUGACAAUAGAAGUAUUGGACGACCAGAACGAUAACCCACCUCAGGUCCUGUACCCAGUCCAGACUGGUGGCACUCUGGUGGCUGAGAUGGUGCCUCGUGCAGCAGAUGUGGGCUAUCUCGUCACUAAAGUUGUGGCUGUUGAUGUGGACUCUGGACAGAAUGCCUGGCUCUCCUAUAAACUGCAGAAAGCCACAGACAGAGCGCUGUUUGAAGUGGGCAGACAGAAUGGAGAAAUAAGGACUAUCCGCCAGGUGACUGAUAAAGAUGCUGUGAAACAAAGACUGACUGUUAUAGUGGAGGACAACGGGCAGCCCUCUCGUUCAGCUACAGUCAUUGUUAACGUGGCGGUGGCGGACAGCUUCCCGGAAGUGCUGUCUGAGUUCAUUGACUUUACACAGGACAAGGAGUACAAUGACAACCUGACUUUUUGCUUGGUGCUGGCUCUGGCUGUAGUGUCCUUCCUCUUCAUCACGUGUUUAGUGGUUAUUAUAUCAGUGAAGAUAUACAGGUGGAGACAGUCUCGCAUCCUGUAUCACUCCAAUCUCCCUGUGAUUCCAUAUUAUCCUCCACGUUACUCAGACACUUUGGGGACAGGGACCCUCCAACACGUGUACAAUUAUGAGGUGUGCAGGACGACUGACUCCAGAAAGAGUGACUGUAAGCUCGGCAGAGCUAGUAGUCAGAACGUACUGAUAAUGGACCCCAGUUCUACAGGGACGAUGCAGUGGAUACAAAGUGAAAAGAGCACCCUGGAUGAACCUGACUCCCCAGAGGUUAGUUAA